CAAACACGUGAGUCGUCUUCCUCGCAGAGCCGCAGCCAAUUUGCAGACUCGCAAAAUUUCUUCCGGUUCAGAAGUGUCCAGAUCUGGCUCGCCUGGCCACGCCUUGCAACGCUCCUUACGCCUUCCCCGCGCUAAACGUGCAACUCGCGAAACAGCUGACCGCCUCGGGCGAUUUCCUGCCGCCUCGCUCCGACGCGCGCGAAGGCAUGCUUUUAAAACACUGAUUUCAACCCAAUAAUGGUUCUUGCUGGUUCAUUGCAAUUGUCCCAUCAACUGGGACUUUGCAAGAAUCAGAGGUCACGAGAACAAUAUAAGAGUGGAAUAGGAAGGGACAAGUUAUAUUCAUUAAGCACUGCCCUUACAUCACGAUUUGCGUUUCAGAAGCAGGAUUCUUGGGGUAUCCGUUUAUCAGACAAUGGAUACAGGUCCUUACAUACUGUGUCUCACAGCUAUCAUGCAUUUAAGUGCCAUUCUUCGCUAACAUCAGGCCAACCAUUCGACCAACACGGCUUGAAGACAGCUGCAAUGGUGUUGACAAGGUCAUAUAAUGCUUUGCAAGGUUGUCCUCUUGUAUUCAAAUUGAUUCCAUCAGUUGGCAUUAUUAUCUUUGCCAUAUGGGGUCUGGCACCACUUAUGCGCCUGAGCAGAAAUCUGAUUCUUCAUAAAAGUGAUGGUAGUUGGAAAAAGAGUAAUACACAUUAUGUUACAACCUCGUAUAUUCAACCUACGCUGCUAUGGAUGGGAGCAAUACUCAUAUGCAGGGCAUUGGAUCCAGUUGUUCUACCUACAGAAGCUAGCCAGAUUGUAAAGCAACGUCUUUUGGAUUUUAUAAGAUCAUUGUCAACUGUUCUGGCAUUUGCCUAUUGUUUAUCAAGUGUGAUUCAACAAGCACAGAAAUAUUUCAUGGAGACUAGUGACUCCGGUGAUACCAGAAAUGUAUGU